AUGCACAAUUUCUUCCGCAAACUCUCAAUUCGCUCACGCUCUCCACCAGCAGUGCCCAAAAAGAAGUCAUCAAUCAACCCCUUAAAGAAAAACUCCUCCGGAUUGCUCAGCUUUCUUCGGAAUGCCGAAAAACCCGACGAUUCGGACCCGAUAUUCGACAUGCCAAUGCAUCUAAUGAUCCAUAUCAUCGAUCAAAUGUCAUUUUUCGAGCAGAUUCGGUUGGCAAGACUUUGUAAGGAGGUCAAGGAGCAUUUGGAUGAGAAAUUCCAGAAGAUUCGAAAAUUGGAGUUGAGAAAACGAGACAUCGAUGAAGCGUGUGCUAGUGAUGAGCAAUUUGAGAGGCAUUCGAAGGCCUAUGUUGCUGUGAAAAUCGAAGAAGAUACGGCUUGUGUGGUCAUUGACGACGCAUGGGUUGUCGCCGAUUUUUAUGUGUUUUUGGGAAUUCUCGAAGUGCUCCGCGAAGGCGUUGAAACCGUCGAAAUGGAUGCUCCAAUCGCCGAGCUGAUAGUGAUAUCAAUGUCAAAUAUCUCACUCGAAAGAUGGUAUGCAUUUCAAUGCAUUUUGAAAGCAUUCAACGACGUCUACGAGGAUCUUCAUCUCGAUUCGGGAUUCAUUGCGGAUCGUGACACGUUUUGGCCCAAAUGCUCGGAUAUCGUAAUCCAUGCGACGAAGGCGCAAGCGGCGGCACUUGGGCGGAUAUUGGAUUACGGUGUGAAGAGUGGUUAUGUGUUCGAUAGAAGGACCAUGGACCAUUUGAGAUUGGAAUUCGAGGAUUUGGAUGGAUUUGAGGAUAAGGCCAUUAAUAAGCAGAUUUAUUAUUUUCGCUGCUGGACCGGAUCUCUGGGAUGGGACCAUCGCUAUGAGAUUGUCUUCAAUAAUAAUCAACCACCGACCAAACAAGAAUGCCAUGUUUGA